UCACUCAUUAUGUUUGUUGCUUAAAGCUCGUCCAGCUCUUCCUCCCUUAUCCUCUCUCUAACAUCAAUUCUCAAGGGAGGGAAUUCCAGGCACCCAAAAGAGAAACGAGAAACCAGAAAAAGGGUCUCUCUCUCUCUCUCUCCCCCUCGACACAGUAUCCUAUCCUCUACUCUAGUAAAUAUUCAGUCUUUUUCUCAUAGAAAAUAUAAACAGAAAGAAAGAAGGAAAAAAGCCUUUGGAGAAAUUCCCACAUAUUAAUUUUCAUGCUAUCAUGGAAGGAGGUGAUGAUCAGCUCCACCACUACCACCACAAACACCGCCCAAACUUCCCAUUCCAAUUACUGGAAAAGAAAGAAGACGAGCCUUGUUCGUCCUCUUCUCCUUACCCUUCUCUUCCCAUCUCCACUACCGAACCAGACAACGACAACAACAGCAACAAAACUAACACGAACCUCUCUACCUCUAAUCUCCAAAUUGUUUCUGCAGAACAAUCGAAGAAACCCCCUCCAAAACGAACAUCAACAAAGGACAGACACACCAAGGUGGAUGGACGUGGCCGCAGAAUUCGCAUGCCAGCUCUCUGCGCUGCUAGGGUUUUUCAGCUCACUAAAGAACUUGGCCACAAAUCAGACGGUGAAACCGUCGAGUGGUUACUUCAACAAGCAGAACCAGCUGUGAUCGCUGCCACAGGCACCGGAACAAUCCCUGCUAAUUUCACUUCCCUUAACAUAUCCUUGCGUAGCUCAGGUUCAAGUAUGUCAAUUCCGUCUCAGCUAAGAUCAGGGAGUUUUAGCCCAAACUUUUCACUGCAACAACGUAGUCGCAGUUUGUUUCCUGGAAUUGGGCUAGAGACCUCACAACCACCGACAUUUUUAAGUUUCCAAUCUAGUAACAAUCUGAACGCAAUGAUGCAAGCAAAGCAAGAAUUGCGAGACAAUUCUUCACUGGAGUUAUCAACGGAGACAGAAGAGAGUUUCAACAGGAAAAGAAGGCCCGAGCAAGAUUUAUCAUCAUCGCAACAGCAUCAGAUGGGAAGCUACCUGUUGCAAUCCAGUAGUGGGGCAGUUCCAGCUAGUCAUGGACAAAUUCCAGCAAAUUUUUGGAUGCUGGCUAAUUCCAAUAAUAAUCAAGUCAUGAGCGGAGAUCCUAUAUGGACAUUUCCUUCUGUUAAUAACAGUGGUUUGUACAGGAGCACCAUGUCUAGUGGGUUACAUUUUAUGAAUUUUCCUGCUCCUGUUACCUUAUUGCCUAGCCAGCAACUGGGGUCUACAAGUAUUGGUGGGUCUAGUGCUGGUAAUAGUGGGAUGAGUGAAUUAGGUCAUUUGAAUAUGCUAGCUGGAUUAAACCCCUACCGGGCAUCCGGCAUAUCGGAAUCACAGGCGAGCGGGUCUCACUCACAUCAUGGUGGCGGUGGUGGAGGAAGCGAUGAUCGGCAUGAUACAACAAGUCAUCACUCAUAGAGAUGGAAAAAAAGCAUCAUCAUGAUCAUCAACCCUCCACUUGUGUAGUUUUUAUGUGUAGCACACGUGAGGUUUGAUUGUUCUUGAAAUAUUGGAGUUUUGUUUUCCUUAUCCUUGAAUUAUUAUUCCAAUAUUUUUUUUUUGUGUGAUUAAAAUGGGGUUUUAGCUAGGGUUUGUGGGACUUAAAGACAGUACUAUUUUAAACAGGGUGUUGGGUUGGGUGGUGGUUUUAAUAAAAGGCCUCAUUUGGGUUUUUCAUUUCA